GAGUCUGCGUCGCGCCCGCGGCCGGAGCUCAGGCUGGGAGCCCGAGGCUAGUGCCGUCUGGGCCCCGAGGGCGCCGCCGCCCGGCGGGGAUCCGGCCAUGGAGUUCUGGCCGUGGCUGACGGCGGCGCUACUGCUGCUGCUGCUACUCGUGCAGCUGAACCGCACCGCCAACUUCUACGCCAAGAUCUCCUUCUACUGCGCGCUGUGCUUCUUGGUCUCCACGGUGGCCGCUGCUGUCUGCCUGCUGCGCCACGGCGGCCGGACGGUGGAGAACAUGAGCAUCAUCAGCUGGUUCGUCCGGUCCUUCAAGUACCUGUACGGCCUCCGCUUUGAAGUCAAGGGCCGCCAGAAGCUGACGGUGGACCACCCCUGUGUCAUCGUCUCCAACCACCAGAGCAUCCUGGACAUGAUGGGCCUCAUGGAGAUCCUCCCCGAGCGCUGCGUGCAGAUCGCCAAGCGCGAGCUGCUCUUCACGGGGUCCGUGGGCCUGAUCAUGUACCUCGGGGGCGUGGUCUUCAUCAACCGGCAGCGCUCCAGCACGGCCAUGACCGUGAUGGCCGAAGUGGGCCAGCGCAUGACCCAGGAGAACCUGAAAGUGUGGAUCUACCCCGAGGGCACACGGAACGACAACGGGGACCUGCUGCCUUUCAAGAAAGGCGCCUUCUACCUGGCCGUCCAGGCCCAGGUGCCCAUCAUCCCCGUGGUGUACUCCAGCUUCUCCUCCUUCUACAGCCCCAGGACGAAGCGCUUCACCUCAGGAACCAUCAAGGUGGAGGUCCUGGACGCCAUCCCCACCAGCGGCCUCACCGUCGACGACAUCCCCCAGCUCAUGGACACCUGCCACAAAGCCAUGAGGACCACCUUCUUCCACUUGUCCAGCACGCCCCAGGAGAACGGGGCCGCCGCGGGGCCUGGUGCCCAGCCCGCCCAGUAGCCCAGGCCCGUGGCGGGCAGGACCCGGAGGGGCGGGCGCAGGGCGUGGCUAGAG